UGCCAAAGAGUCAGUGCGAUUUCAUCAGUUACAGCGAUCGGUCGAGUUUUUUUUUUCAUUUUCGCUCCAUCUACUCGUCCAAAUAAGUAAUGUGUGGUCUCAAUGAUUGAGCAAAUAACUUUCUGAAUUAAAAAUAAUUCGCAGUAAUUUUGAAAUUAAAAAAAAAACCAAUAAAAUCCAAUCAAACAAAAUUAGUCGCUGUAUUAAUCAAGGCGGAGGGAAAAAAAUAGUCGGCAGAAAUCGACACCGUGCAUAUGCAGCACAAGAAAAAGAAGUAAUUACCAACCCAAACACACACCUUUUGCAAUCAACUGUUCGCAGAUAUUGAACAACCAUAUUCAUAAUGCGGCUGCCACUGAUGUUCGUGUAUGGCUUGCCUCUGUUUCUAUUCACGAUUGGAAUUGUUGAUGCUGAUCUGGUGACUCUGAAACCCACAUCAAUUCGAACAGAGCUUCGAAUUGGAAAAUCAUUGCGCCCGCAAGAUGAACAACAAAUUAGUGUAGCCGGAACAAAUGGUUCGCCCGUAAAUAUUAUUGUAAAGAAACGUGAUCCAAAGCAGGCGUCGACAUUAAUACCAGAUAGUGCAAUUGUUUCAAAAACACGAACGCGUGAUGUUGAUAAAAAUGAUUUCUAUUCACCAUCAACCGAAGCGGCGGCCAAUUUAUUUAAAACAUAUUCGAUCGCAGUGAAUACGGAGCCGAAUCGAAAACCCGGCAAAUCAGAUAUGAAAACGAAAAAAGAUGAAAAAUUGAUUGAAACAUUUGUUAAGCAUAUUUCGAAAAUAAAUCGAAUUAAUUCGUCACGCGUUUAUCGUCCGCAACUCGUGACAAUUGAUCAAAUGCGCUCUGAUGUCCCUGAUCCGGUCGUCAUUAGUUCGGAUGCCGUAAAUUUCAUGACUUUCGAUAAAAAUGCCGAUCGCAUGAGCAAAAAUUUGAAGCACGCUCGUGGCAAGCAAUUAAUGCACAUUGGCACUGAUGGAAUACCAGUGAUUGAGGGCAUACGCAUGCCAGACGAUGAAGAAGAUAAAGUGAAAACAUGGAGAAAUGGACGUGUGAUAAAUGGCGUUUUAAUGCCCUAUGAAAAAGGCUAUGUGCCGAAGAAAGCAAUUGAAUUGAACACAGACUUUGGACAAUUGAUGUACGUUAAAAGUUUCAACGAUGAAAACAAUAAUGAAAAUGCGGAUAGUGUUGGUUCGGGUCGUUCAUUUGGUCCAUUUACAAAGUCCGACAAUUACAAAUCGAAAUCGGCCGGACCAUUUACGGUCGAUGAUAAUCUUAAAGUUGAGACCAGUGUUCGGUUUGACGAUCGAAAACCCAUCGGCCCAUUCUCAAUCAAAGACAAUUCACGUGUCGCAAACUCCAAACUAAUCGAUUAUAUUAAAACAAUCAAUGACAGAGAAUAUCGUCGACGUGAUUUUUUUCUAAGCGAUGAACCAAAAUCCGAUCGAAUUCGAUUUGAAGAUGAUGUGCAUGAAACUGCUCAGCCAAAAAUUCAACGACGAAUGCUAGAGAAUAUAGGCGAACCAGUGUAUGCACCAUCGCGAUACUACGCAAAAAAUCCAAAUCAAUCAUCGGAAGGUGAACGAUCGCCGAUUAUGGAGUAUGCUCAUCCAGAAUAUGGUGUGAAAGCUGUUACCGAAUCGUCUGGUUUGACGAAAAAGCCAAAAGUACAAUACUAUACGACAGACACAAAACCCGUACAGCCAGUGAAUAUUCAAUACAAAAAUGUACAACCGUAUCGACAACAACCGCAGACAAAUUAUUAUUCAACAAUGAUCGGGCCACAAAAACAAAUUUAUCCAUACAAUAGUUAUGUUACGAAAAAUCAACAAAACGAAGACGAACAACCAUUUUACAUGAAAAUCGCGAAGCGAAUGCAUGAUGGCGUUCAGAGUGGUUUCGACAUCUUUAUUCGGCCCAUCAUGGAAGUGGGUAAAACACUGACAAAAAAUCUCGGAUUUCGUUCAAACUAUCGAUCAAUUGGAAAAAGUUUCAGCGACACGGAUGUUGGAAGCCGUAAAGAAAGCGAAGCAUUGAGCAAUGAUUUCAAUUCAGCUAUCGAUGAUCUCGAUGCACACAGUUCACCGGAAAAUAAAAUUCGAAUUAAGCGCGGACGAUUUGUACAAACGAUGAGAAAACGCCGCGCCCUAGACACCGAUAAUUUCGACUCUAAUGACGGUGAAAAUAAACUAAUUGACGAUGGAAGCAGUUUAUCGUAUCGAAUGAAAGAAUUUAUUAGAAGCACCGAUUGGAAUAAUACUGGCUGCGCAAAACGUGUAUUUUGUGAAGUUAUGAUACAGCAAUCUCCAGACGAUAUUGCCAUAAUGGAGAAAAAAAUGCUCAGUAUUUUGCCGCCACAAAGACAAUUGCACGAAACAAGCAACAAUAAUAGCAUACGAGUUUUCAGACAUCUAUCGGAUGUUACGAAGGCAAUUCAACAGAGAAACUGUGCAAAGUUCAUAUGUCAGGCUCAGCAAUAAGCACGAAAACGACGCAUUUGGAAAAAAUCAAAAUAUUCUCUUUCCUUCGUAGAUUAUUAUAAGAGCGACAGCAAUAUUCUCUCCUACAAUAAACGAACUGUUCAUAUCACACACACUAUCAUCAUAUUUAUUCGAUUAGAUUGUAAUUUCAACGUAAUUAUACUUUUUAAAACAAAAUAUAUGUGGUACAUUUUAUUGAUAGAUCAAGCAAAUAUCUGCCAAAAAAAUCAAUAGCGUUUUAAGAAUUGUUUUUUUUUGUUUGUUUUUAAGUUGUAUUUAAAUCGGGUAAAAUAUAUUUAAUUAAUACAAACUCAAA